AGAUCACCCCACCCCAAAGAUCACAUUCCAGAGUCAAUUUCACACUGCGAAUUACAUUCAGGAUGACGCUGCAGGCUAUUCGAUACGCUAAUGGUGACCUCACCAUAAUUGAUCAACUAAAACUUCCGUUUGUCGAAGAAUAUAUACCUAUACGAACAGCUGAGGAGGGCUGGCAUGCAAUAAAAGAAAUGCGAGUGAGGGGUGCGCCUGCCAUUGCCAUUGUGGCUGCACUUGCACUUGCAUCUGAACUUCACCAGCUUGUCAUCAACAACAAGCUGUCGGCUGUUGCGGAAGAGGUUCAGGUCUUCAUUGUGGAGAAAUUACAUUAUCUCGUCACUAGCAGGCCAACUGCUGUCAAUCUCAGCGAUGCCGCCCACAAGCUCGAGGAAUUGGUAACCGAACGUGCGAAUACAGCAGGAUCAGCAGGCCAUGGUAUCGCCACUGCUUUUAUCCGCGCAGCUGAACAUAUGAUGGUAAAAGAUGUGGAAGACAACAAAAGGAUUGGGCAAAACGGGGCUCAGUGGAUUCUUGCGAAUGCUCUCAAGUUGGGCGUGUCUAAAGCUUCUAUUCUCACACAUUGCAAUACAGGUUCCCUUGCGACUUCUGGUUAUGGAACAGCGCUCGGUGUUAUUCGCUCUCUCGCCUCAAACAAUGGGCUGCGCCAUGCAUAUUGUACAGAGACUCGACCAUAUAAUCAGGGUUCCCGUUUAACAGCUUUUGAAUUGGUUUAUGACGGUCUCCCCGCUACGUUGAUUACCGAUUCGAUGGCAGCUGCUCUACUCGCGCGGACAGAUGCCGACAUGAAUGCGAUUGUAGUGGGAGCAGACAGGGUGGCAGCCAAUGGGGAUACUGCAAAUAAGAUAGGAACAUAUGGCCUAGCAGUCCUGGCAAGAUAUCACGGUGUCAAAUUCCUUGUCGCUGCACCGCUCACUACAAUUGACCUGGCUACUAAAUCAGGCAAUGAAAUCACCAUUGAAGAGCGUCCGGCUUCUGAGGUAACAAGGAUCAAAGGUCCCAGCCAGAAAGAUGAUACUACUGGAGCCGUGUCUUUGGAAACUAUAAACAUCGCAGCAAAGGGAAUCAACGUUUGGAACCCAGCAUUCGACAUCGCGCCUGCAACACUCAUUGAUGGUAUAAUCACAGAGGUCGGUGUUGCAGAAAAGGACUCUAACGGACAUUUUCACUUGGACCGUUUAUUCUCCUAAUGCUUCGGAUAUUCGUCUUGGCUAUCACCGACCUCAUUCUCUCCUGGCUUUUCGAAUGCUGCGAGAAGAUCAUCGAUUCUGCGCUCCAGGUUGCACAACUGAUUUUCUAGCGCAAUAGUUGUUCGUUCACCACUUCAUAUGAAGUUAGAUUGUAAAUUUGAUAUUUAUCUAGGUUCACUUGGGUAGGAUACUCAACAAUGUUUUUGAAUGCCUGUUAUUUGAGGUUAUAAAUAGGUUCCAUCCAUUUUUUCGAAAGAGUCGGGGCAGGGAUCACUCACUUGGGCAAGUUCAGCAGGGCUGUAUGUUUUAUGAUCACUAUCAUCCUGUGGCAUGUUUGGUGGGUACUGAUAUUUCCGAGUCAGUUGGCAUGAUAGUAGUACAAACCCACCGCUUUUGCCAUGGUGCACCACAGUGAUAGAAGAAUAUGUCAGCUACAAUAGCAAGUAAA